ACCUCCAAAGGCACCCUUAAACCUUACCAGCUUGUUUGCUAUGGACUUGACAGUAUUGCAGACAUUCAUAAGCAUGUUAAAGCAAAGCAGCUGCAAAGAUUUUUUCCAGAUGUACCACUGGAUGAACUUGAAAGACCUAGAGAAAUAAGAUUACUUAUAAGCCAUAGGGAAGGUCAGUUAACACCACAAAGGAUUAGAGUUGUGGGGAACCUUGUACUGUGGGAUGGUCCCUUAGGAAAAGUGGUUGGAGGAACUCAUCCAGAAUUGUUUGAGGAGCUUGCCAUGACUGCUUAUUCCACCAAAACCCACUUUGCAAGGUCAAUGAGGACAGCUGCUGCCAAAUAUGAAGAAUUAAUUAAUGAAAUCCCACAGAAUUCACCAUUAAAUCACCAGGUCUCUAUCCAGCUGAAAGCAUCAAGCACUGCAACUUCAAGCCGGGAUUUCCUGGAGUGGUGGAGAUGGGACAGUAUUGGCGCGGCUUGUGAGUCUAAGUGUGGAGGUUGUCGGUGUGGAAAUGUCAGCCGGGAGGAAAGUCGAUGACGCUCGCUGAAGAAAGGGAGCUAGAGGUAGUGAAGGAAGGCCUCACCUACAAUGAAGGAGACAGCCACACAAACGAACCUCACUGGCAUGCUAGGUACCCAUGGUUGGAGGAUCCAGCAUCCCUUCCAAACAACAGAAACGCAGUUGAAGCUACAUUUUUUUAGAACAGAGAAGCAACUGGCUAAAGAACCUGACUGGAAAACUACCUACACUGAACAAGUGCAUGACAUGCUUCAGCGUGGAGCUGCAAUUAAGUUGUCUGAGGAAGUAAUCAACAAAUGGAAUGGCCCAGUGUGAUAUGUAAGCCACUUAAUUGCUCCAAAUCCACACUCGGUGACAACUCCUGUAAGACUUGUGUGGAAUAGCAGUCAGAAAUUUAAAGGGAUAAGUAUGAAUGACCUGCUGAGAAAAGGCCCAGAUGUCCUGAACCAGAUCCGUGCUGUCCUAUUAAGGUUCCGAGAGGGAGCUUAUGCUGCAUUAGGAGAUAUAAAGAAAAUGUAUAAUUCUGUUUGGCUGGAAGAAAGAGAAGUUCACCUGCACAGGUUUAUUUGGCGUGACUCUGAGGAUGAAAAGGUUGGAGACUAUGCAAUUACAAGAGUGAACAUUGGAGAUAAACCUGCAGGAUGCAUUGCACAGUUGGCGAUGCGAGAAACUGCAAGUUUACCCUCAUUUAUUCACCUUGUAGAGGAGCGACAAGUCCUUCAAAAUAACAGCUAUGUUGACGACAUUCUAGUGUCCCACAAUGAUCCCGACAGACUAAAGCAAAUCACAGAAAAUGUGGAGCGCAUUCUCAAAGCUGGAGGUUUCAAACUAAAACCCUGGGUGUUUUCUGGGCAAAGUGGGAGGAAAAAUUGUAGCAACAAGCAGGAUGAGGAGAAAGUAAAGACCAUGAUUUUACCAAACCAAAUGCGGGAUGAGGACAAUAAAGCACUCGGUCUGGGGUACAUUGUCGAGGAGGACAAACUCCAUGUCAUGGUCAGCAUAAAUUUUUCAAAGAGGAAAAGAAAGAUGCGACUUGGACAAGACCUCCAGCAAGACCAAAUCAGAAGACAAACUCCAAACCCUCUGACAAGGCGAGAGCUCCUCAGUCAGGUGUCUGGUCUGUAUGAUCCAAUUGGCCUGGUGACUCCUGCGAAACAAAAGGGAGCAAUCCUAGUACGGAAAGCUUUCCAAGAGGCAAAGAAUGUGAGUAAACAAGUAAAAGAUACCUGGGAUUUGGCACUCUCCAGUGAUCUUAGAGAAGAAGCUAUUAAGCUUUUUGAAGAGUACUCUCAGCUCAGUGAGAUCCAGUUUGUCAGAUCAUUAACUCCUUUUCAAAACUGUAAUAACUCUUUAGCUAUUACAUUUUCAGAUGGAAGCGAAUGUUCUUAUGGAGCAGUGUUGUACCUGAGGUGGGGAUCAACUCAAGACCCAAUCAUUAGGCUGGUGGAAUCCAAGGCUAAGCUGACUCCAUUGGAACAAAGAGUUCCUGGCUGUGGACACCCAGCUGCUGCUUGGCAACAAGGAGCUCGCUCUGAGCCCAGAGGAAUAUGUCUUUGCUGCUAUCAACCUGUACAUGGACAUCAUCAACAUCUUCCUCUACAUUCUCGCUCUCGUCGGAAGAGCCCGAGGCUGAGCGGAGGGAGUGUCGAUGGCGAUCAAGGCAGAACAUUAUUUGGAAUUUGCAUAAAGGACCAAGUUUCCAUAAUCAAAGCUUUUGACUUGCUUUCUAGUGUGUAUUUAACAUAGGGUUAAAUGCUGCUUUUGUUUCACCCAGUGUAAAUGCUUAUCUUAAAUUGAUGCUGUCAGUAGUGUUUGGUUGAUAACUGAACUUUUCUUUGUUGAACUUAUUUUAAAAUCAUAUUUUUGUUUAUGGGGAGAUCUGAUUAAAGCUCAGCUGGUGAGCAUCUAAUGAGGGAUUCACACUUAAGGAGUCCAAAUAGGUCAGUGUGCUUGAUGCAGUUUUCCACUGGUAUGACUGUAUGAUGAUGUCUAAAAUUAUUUAGUCACCAACCAAAGACCAUGAAAUCAUAAUAUAUCGGAUCAAGGUUGAUGUUUUGCUGCAGCCGUCAGUAGGAAUGUGAAGGGCUAAAUUGGCAAAAUUGUGGGAGCCGAGUCUCUGAGGACACCCCUGCUAAAAAACCUUAUUGAAAAGUGACUACAAAGUGGUCGUUGUGAAAUAUUUCUAUACUGUUUUUUCCAAAGUACUGUUUGAAAUUCUAUACUGUUUUCACUAUGGUCUACAGUCUUAAGUACUUUUGUAAACCUGAUGUCUGUUCUUUAUAUGGAAUAAAAUCUGAAAAAUUCUA